GCCCACUGCCUCGAUCGCAUUUGGCAAAUGGUCUUGAUUCACCUGUAGAUAGGAUGUAGAAGAAGAGGCAGACAGUCGACAAUGAUGAGGUCGAUUUGGUGACGAUGUCAACAUAUAAAAAGCGACAAGUGUCCCGCCGACAAACUGAUUCUUCUCCAUCAUCAUCAUCAUCAUCAUCGAACCAAACAAAAAGAGAAUGCACAUCUCCAAGCUCCUCCUCGCCCUGGUUGCCAACGCGAGCCUCGGGUCAGCCUGCACCUUCGGAUUCCACAUUAUGCGUAAUCAAAACACCUUCGACUUGAGCGGCGGUCUCAGCUGUGAAAUUCGCAUCUGGAAGGCCGACGACGCUACGGGGAAUGACGAAAGCCAGGCGUCGGCAAAAAUCGAAUGUGGCGAGGGCUGCAAGACGUUAAAGUAUGACGGAGCCGAGUAUGAGUUCUGCCAUAAUGGACCGGGCGAGAUCGCGUCUCUGAGAGAUGGGGCCACCGUCCAGAGAAAAGGGGGCGGCAACAAAGUCAACAUUAUCCCCGAUGGAGAGGACAAGAAAGAUCUGGAUCAGGGCCCAUUUGCCUCGUCGAACCAACAUAGUUAUUGGAGAAACAAUAUCAAAUGUUAAGUUGGGUGGGGGGUUGUUGGGUUUGGCGCGUCGAUGGAUGAAAGCGGGUUGCUUGGUCGCUCGUUCUUGGUAUACAUGCUGUAUUUCUUGUCUUUCUGUCAUUUUCAACAAAUGAAUGAUAUUCUGAGCUUCACGGCCAUGUUCCUUUACGGCUGUGUUCGAUCCUCAUCCAAUCCAAAGCCAAUAUCUCAGUGGAGAAACAGUGAACCCCGCGAGCCCAGGUAUCAAUAUCCAAGUCUGAGUAUCCACAUUCCUAUUCAAGUAAGCAAACCAUCCAGAGUCGUCAGAAUAGGCCAGCCAGUUCUACCGUGGGAUCAUGGCAGUAAGCGCGA